AUGUUUGAAAAAUACAAAUUUCAAAGCAAAGAUGUGUGGAAUACGGACGAAACUGGGGUGCAGACAGUUCAGCGACCAGGCAAAGUUAUUGCUGAGAAAGGAGUCCGUCAAGUUGCAAAAGCUACUUCUGCCGAGCGAGGACAAACCGUAACAAUUGCAACUGCUGUUAAGGCUAUUGGCAAUGCUCUCCCGCCACUUUUUAUUUUCCCUAGAGUAUUCUUUAAAGACUAUUUCAUAAAGGAAGGACCACAAGGGUGUAUUGGCACUGCAGACCCUUUCGGUUGGAUGACUGGGUCAUCGUUUCUCACUUUUAUUAGACACUUUCAUAGUCACGUAAAGUCAACACUUCAUCAACCUUACCUUUUAUUGCUAGACAAUCAUGAUUCCCACUUGUCUAUCCAAGUGUUAAACUUCUGUAAAGACAAUGGAAUAAUUUUGCUAUCUUUUCCUCCUCAUACUUCACAUCGCCUCCAGCUCCUAGAUGUAUCUGUUUAUGGACCAUUUAAAAGAUACUACUUUGCAGCUGUUGACAACUGGCUAGUUAGCAACCCUGGUAAAACCGUAACAAUUUAUGACAUUCCUAACCUGGUCAAUUGCGCCUUUCUAAAUGCUAUGACACCGAACAACAUAGUGGCAGGAUUUAAAGCUUCCGGGAUAGUCCCAUACAACCCAGAUGUUUUUACUGACGACGACUUCAAGCUUUGUAAAUGA